ACUUCAUUCACAUAACAAAAGAUGACGACUUUCUACAGAAACACCAUCUAUCUUGCUUACUUGUUUUGUCUCCUCAUCACAUCUUCUUCGGCAGGUUCCUUCAUACGACAAUUCACUGAUGACUUCAACAAACCUCUGCAGCAGGUAGAAACAGGAUCAAUCCAAAACUUUGAUGUAGCGCAUUACUUACACAAAAAAGAGAACUCAUCACGUGAUUAUAAAGUCGUAGCUUCAAACGUAGUGAAGGGUCUGAGAGAUCGUCCUCCAUCUUCUUACUCUAUGAAGAUGGAGUCUUUCAAUACACUCCUUAAGUCAGCUAACGCACAAGGAUACGAAUCUCGUCCUUUUUCUGUUGGUGGAUACAACUGGUGUGUUGGUAAAUUUAUCCAAGAUACCGAUGUAUGGAAAUUUAAUAUUUUCAAGACGAUGUGGGGAUUCUCUCAAGUCCUCACCGUUGAUACAUUCAAAAACCCGACAAACGGAUACUUAUAUGAUGGAGAUCACUGCGAGUUUGGUGUUGAUGUGACCAUUCCUCCUCUCUACGAAAAAUCGGAACUGUUCUCUGUCAUAGAGAAUUUCCAUAACCCGAGAUUCACUUGGACCAUUCAGAGAUUCUCUAUGCUGCUGAAAGACAUUUACCUAUCAGAUAUGUUCUCCAUCGGAGGAAGGAAUUGGAAUAUACAAGUGAAUCCAAAUGGCCAUGCCACAGGAGAGGGAAAAGCCUUGUCGAUGUAUCUUGGUCUUAAUGUAAACGAGAAAUUUAAACCAUAUGAGAAGAUUUAUGUUCGAGCCAAGCUUCGAGUUCUUAACCAACGUAAUCUCAAUAACUUGGAGAGGCCACUCGAUAAUUGGUUCAUUGGUCCGGAAUAUGGAAAUGAACAUGCUUGGGGUUAUCAUGAGUUUAUCUCUUUCUCAGACCUUAGAGAUUCAUCAAAGGGUUUCGUUGUGAACGAUGUGUUAAAGGUUCAAGUCGAAAUGGAGGCCAUUUCUUCAACCAAUAAGCUUAAUAGUGAUGCUGUAAGAGAAGCCAUUGCAAUUAUCAUGCGCAAUUCAGAGGAGAGGAAACUCAAGACAAGACAACUUCAGAGUGAGGCUAUUAGAGAAGCCAUUACAACUAUUGAGGGAAAAUCUGAGGAGAAGAAAGGUAACGUUGGGAAGAAAGUGGAGCUUGAUAGUGAGGCUCUUAGAGAAGAAAUUGCAACUAUCAAGGGCAAAUCUAAAGAGAAGAAGCCAUAAUAAUUUGUGUGUCUAUUUGUUGGAAUAAUUCUUAAAUGUUGUUUCUUGGGUUUAUAUAUACGGGAGCUUGAAACUGAUGGAUGUUUUUCAUCUCUUCAAUUAGUCCUAUAUUGUUGAAUAACUUUAUCAUUAUACU